CCACUGGCCUCAACAACAAGCACUCGAGGUACGUUUUUUCAUCAGUUCUAUGGGUUAUUAAUUUUCCUCCUUUUUUUUACUGUUUCAUUUUUGUUACUAAGUUCCAUUCAAGGUUGGACAAUGCAUCUUAAAAAAAGUUGAUUCUGGUUUAAUUAUAUUAAGACUUUUGUAGAUUUUAUUUGGUAAAUUGGCUUGCUUGUUUACAAUAAGUGAUUGUAUAUAUAACAAGGUUUCUUCGUUUCUUCUGUUUUCCUAUUAAGAAGACACAAGAGAAGGGAAAUAGAAAUAAGAGGGAUGGAAAUUACGGAAGGAAAUGAUCACACUGUAGUUGUUGACAUGAGGGAGUCGUUGACUUCAUACGAAUCCCUGGUAAACAUGGAUGAUUUGACCACAGAGAAUAGAAUUUAUAAUCAGAUUACCUCGACGAAACAUUGGCCUUCCAUCUUUCAAAUUCCGAGCACGCUCUACAAGUCCAAUAAGAAGGCUUAUCUUCCAAAAGCAUUUUCGUUCGGGCCAUGGCACUAUCGCAAACCUGACCUCGAGGCCACACAAGCAAUUAAAUUCCGCUCUCUUCAACUCCUCUUAAGUGGUUUCCCAAAUGCGACGACAAAGUUAGUAGAGUUGGAGACAGCAGUCUCUACGGGGCAGUUGGAAGCUCAUGCAUGUUAUGCCAAAAAGUCCGCGCUUGCACUUCGGAAUGACCUGCAAAGCCUCGAUGUGGAACUCGGGGUAGACACUCCGAUGCUUAAGUCAGCAAUAAUCGGGGCUACCUUGAAGGCGGAGAUAAGAAAAGCUUAAGGUUGGUUUCAAUUACCUUUCUGAGGUGGCCCUUGAGGGGUAUUUAUAUGUUCCAAUGGAGAACCCGUGUUGGCCUGCCAAGCGAGAUACUCGGGACCGGGAAUUUGAGACAUAUUCAGGUGUGGGCGUACACACCAUAACUAUUGUACAGCCUGUCAUAAGAAAUCAGGUGCGUGCCU